GUUUGAUGCCAGUGUGAUUGUCCAGCCAGCAUGAAAUUAUAAUUGAUUUAAUCAUUUUACACACAGAUGGCUGGAAGUGUGUUAAAGCUGUUAAAACAAUGAAACAUAUUUUAUCUGUUAUUAGACACAUUAUUCAAGUAGUCUGAUUAUUAGUGUUGAAAUAUACAUAUGAUUCUGAGCAAAGUACAGAGGGAGGAGCAACGAAACUGCAGAGACACGGCCUCACAAACACAAUAUGAUCUUUACUUUCUCUCUCACAACAUGAACACGUCUGCACACUGAAAACCAGGAAGUGUGUCGAUUCAAGAGAAACGAAACCUUUUCCCUGCUACACGAGCUUCUGCUUAACGAUACACACUGAUCUAGUUUGGCUGAAGCUGUAGAGUAGCAAAUAUUUACUUUUAUUUUCUGUCAAAGCAGCAGGGCAGUUUUUAUUAGAGGUAUAAACUGUCUGCAAAGAAAUGGCUGAAUCUGCAACGAGUCGGUAUGAGGAUCAGUUCAUCUGUUCAGUGUGUUUGGAUCGGCUGAAGGAGCCGGUGACGAUUCCCUGUGGACACAGUUACUGUAUGAGCUGUAUUACUGACUGCUGGGAGCAGAAGGAGCAGGAGCCGCAGUACAGCUGUCCCCAAUGCAGAGAGAGCUUCAGUCAGAGACCUCUCCUGAAGAAGAACACUCUGAUAGCGGAGAUGAUGGAGACGCUGCAGAAGACGUCUCUACAAACGGCUGCUGUGGAGUGUGAUGUUUGCACUACAGAGAAGAGCAGAGCUGUAAAGUCCUGUCUGCAGUGCUUGGCCUCCUUCUGUCAAACUCACCUGCAGCUUCACUAUCAAUCUCCUGCGUUUAUGAAGCACAAACUAGUCGAUGCCUCCAGAAACAUUCAGGAGAACAUCUGCCUCAGUCAUAAAAAACCUCUGGAUAUUUUCUGUCAGGAUGAUGGUCAAUGCAUUUGUUAUUUGUGUAUGAUUGAUAACCAUGAUGGCCACAGAGUGGUGUCUGUGGAUUCAGAAUGGACUAGUAAAAAGAAAGAGUUAAUGGAGAAAAAGGCUGCAUGUCAAAAGCUAAUCGAGGAGCGUGAAAGAGGUCAGCAAGAGCUCAAUGAAGCUGUGAAGUUCCUCAAAAGUUCAGCAGAAGAGGCCGUGGAGGACAUUGAGAAGGUCUUCACUGAGCUCAUCUGCUCUCUGGAGAAGAAUCGCUCUGAGAUUAAAGAGCAGAUCAGAGAUCAGGAGAAGACUGAGAUAGAUCGAGCAGAGAAACUUCACAAACAUCUUGAUCAAGAGCUGACAGAACUCAGAAAAACACAAGCAGAGAUUGAGAAACUUCUGAUUACUGAUGAUCAGAUCCACUGUCUGAAGAGCUGUCAGUCUGUGUGUGUUUUACCCACAUUGGAAGACGUUCCCAGCUUCACUCAACACACUCAUCUGUCUUUUAAAGACAUUUCAAUCUCAGCAUUCAGAGAAGUUUUGGAGGACGUCUGUCAACAGCAAACAGCCAGAAUAUCUCGAGAAGUGUCAAAGGUCCAUGUUGCAGAGCCUCCAAAACCUGAAACCCCAAAUGAGUUUUUGCAGUAUUUCUGUCAACUUCACCUGGAUCCAAACACUGUGAACACAAAUCUCAAACUGUCUGAAGGGAACAGAAAAGCAUCACAUUCAGAUGAAGUCCAGCAAUAUCCUGAUCACCCAGAGCGAUUCGAUAUAUAUUCCCAUGUCCUGUGUAUAAAGGGUUUGUGCGGUCGCUGUUACUGGGAGGUUGAGUGCAGUGGGAAUGACUGGUCUGUAGCAGUUUCCUACAGAGGAAUUAAUCGUAAAGGACAAAGUAAUGACUGCAGACUUGGGUUUAAUAACAAGUCCUGGAGACUGACCCACUGUUAUCAGGAUUUCUAUAUCAGACAUGAUGAUAAACAAGUCCAUCUCUCUCCUUUCCAUUCAUCUAGAAUAGGAGUGUAUCUGGAUCACAGGGCAGGAACUCUGUCCUUCUACAGCGUCUCUGACACUAUGACUCUUCUUUACACAUUGCAGACCACUUUCACUGAACCCCUCUACCCUGCAUUUGGGAUUGGAGAAGGUUUUAUCAGGAUCAUUGAGCAGAAGAGGAUUCUCCAAACCCACAAAUAAAAGACAAGCAAAAUUUCCUAAACUCACUAUUUUCUUGUGAUUAAACCAAGACUAUACAGAGUUGCAGUUCAUCAUUAAGACAAAAGGUGUCAACUUUAGCUUGUCAAUUUACAGAAAGGUUUUCAUUUUUGUGUGAACUGAGCCGACUGCUGUGACUUUGCUAUUAUUUCUGAAUUUAAGUUUUUUAUUUUAACUUUUUUGAGGGAUCAUAUAAAAGAAUAUAAAUACAACUAUGUGUAUUAUGUGUUUGUAUUAAAACCUGCAUGAAAAUAUUAUUAAGGCAUGUAAAUGCGCUUUACAGAGUAUAGACUGCAUUCUGCAUUCAUAUUGGAAGCAAAUGAUGUUAUGGCAUAUACAGUAUGAUGAAUAUGGUAUGUACUGUAUCCAUGUAAUUGAGCAUAAUAGAAUAGAAUAGAAUAGAAUAUACUUUAUUUUCCCAUUUCUGGGAAAUUCAUCUUGGAUAACCAUGAAAAGGCCAGUACAUAACAUUAACUCACAUAUCACAUUACAACACACCAAAUUACAAAUUAACCAUACCAAAUAUAUUAAAAAGCUACAAUAUGCCAAACAACCAGG